AUGCUUGGAGUAAAAAAGAUGUCUCGGACUAUGACUAAUAGACGUAUAUUUCGAACACUGGCACGUGACAAUUGUGGAGAGUCAAUGGAACCUGGUGAAGAAGAGAUUAUGUAUUUUGGAUAUAAACCGAACGAUCUGAAAAAGGAAGGUCCAGCAAUAUCAUGCGCCAGUUUAAAACUUGCUAAUGUCAGCUGUACAGAUAGUAAGAAAGAUGAAUUUUAUCAUUGGAUAACAUUUUUAUUUGUAUAUCGCGAUUUCAAAGGUUUCGGAUAUGGGAAGCAAUUUGUCGAAUAUUUAGAUGUUGAAGCCAUGAACCUCAUUCGCCGCCCCGUCAGAACGGAAUCAGCUUAUAAAGCUGUCGGGUUUUUUGAGAAAUGUGGUUUUAAGAAAAUUGCCGAACCCCGCGAGUGCGUUGCUGGUAGUAGUUUGUUCCGUUUUUUAUACCUGAUGGAAAAAAAGCCACGUGUUAUAGAAGUGGAAUGUUGGGACAGUGAUUGAAGUCUUGUCGAACAUGUGAAAAACGAAGAACAGCAACACGAAAAUAUUCAUCUGGGAAUGUUACCUAUAAUAGCCGACUACAGACAGCUGUGGGAUAAUUUACAGAACAGUAAAGCCAAAUAUGAGGACUUGAUUAUUUGUCAGCUUCCAAAACCUUAAGCUACAAACAAUAUUUACAUGUGGUGGAGAGCGUUCUACGGAAACCCUACACAGACGUAAUUUUCGUAGUUCAAUAAUUUACAGAACAGACGAGCACAACAAAAGAACCCUGAAUAUUCUGACCUUCGCAACAGAAUGGUCUACGGAUACCCUGCUAUAGUCAGAGAAUCAGUGUAGUGAUUUGCAGAUAAGUUUGUGUAUAAUGAGAGCUGUAAUCGUAACAUCUCAGCCUUACGCGAUAGUCAUCUGUGGAAAUCCUGCUACACG